AUGGACAGCCAACUCACCCAGCCGCUAACGCAACAAACCCUCGAUCCUCGGAGGCUCGGCCGCAACAACUCUGGUCUCAAAGACUCGGACAUCUCGGACGUCCUUUGCAUUCUUCACCCCGCCUCCAUAGCGGCAUAUCGUAUUGUACAAGAAGCUGCGGUCAACACUCCUGAACACGUUCUUCAAAACGAGGGGCUGACGACGUUUGAGAACGUUGAAUCCGGGCUUGACCUAGAGGAGCAGGAAACCAUCAUCAUUGAUGGCGAGAAGAAAUCGACAGCGGGGAACGAUCUAGCCCUUCGUAUGUCUUCUAUUACAAAGCAAAACUACGGGGGCUUUUUAUUUGGAAGAAAUGGGGCAAUGUGCGACAUCGUCUUUAGCAAGGACUCUGCUAAACGGACGUCGAACAAGCACUUUCGGAUAUUUGUCAAUACGAACUCCAUGCUAAUGCUGGAGGAUACAUCGACAAACGGUACUGUGGUGGAUGAUAUCCUUCUCAAAUGCAAGGACCCACGGCACCAUCCCACGCAACGUGUGCUAGAUCAAGGGUCGAUCGUCUGCAUCCAAAGCACCCUAGAUAAAGAUCUAGUGAAGUUCGUUGUACGAUUUCCUUCAAGGGAAGGUCACGAGGAAGCCUAUGACCAGAAGUUCAGGACCUACGUCAACCGGUGUGCCAUAGAAGAAGCGCGCACAAAAGGCAAACCGAUCCCAACCCACUUGACCACUAAGCAUUUCAAAGCCAGUGGGCAGGGUAGAACGACGUUUGGCAUGUAUUGGAACGGCGGAGAGAAAUACAACGUUGUCGGUCUACUAGGGAAAGGAGCUUUCGCGACGGUAUACCAACUUGCCACUAAGAACGAAGGGCACGCUAUUGCUGCUAAAGAACUCGAAAAGAAGGCCAUCAUGAAGAAUGGACAGAUGGACCAGAAGAUCGAUAACGAAAUGCGGAUCAUGAAGGAACUCAGGCACCCGAACGUUGUCCAAUACAUCGACUUCCACGACUUCGGGUCUCAUCUGUACAUCAUGAUGGAAUUAAUUGAGUAUGGCGACCUUAGCGGCUAUAUAGAGCGACACGGUCGCCUUUCCGAGGAAAAGGCCAAGACGAUGGCGCGUCAAGUCCUCAGCGCGCUUGCCUAUCUCCAUCAAAAGAACAUCACUCACCGUGAUAUCAAACCCGACAACAUCCUAAUCAAGUCCGAGAACCCUCUGACCGUUGCGAUUGCCGAUUUUGGGCUUGCUAAACUGGUCAAGAACAACGAAACCUUCCUGAAGACGUUCUGUGGAACUCUCCUGUGGUGCGCUCCAGAGAUUUACCCUUACUAUAGGGAAUGGCUUUCAGCUCAAGGAAGGAAGCGUUCGCGCGGCAGCAGCAAAAAAAGUCACAACGAGUACAGCCAGUCCGUCGACAUUUGGUCUUUUGCUGGCGUUCUGUGGAGCUCUCUCUGCGGCAGCCCACCUUUUGUGGGCACAGCGGUGGGUGGGGGUUCGGCGAUGUUCAACGUCAUCAUGAACACCCGUUUAGAUGGAGCUCCCUUGCGGGAAGUAGGCGUUUCUGAGGAGUGUAUCGACCUCUUGUUGCAGAUGCUGAACACCGAUCCCAACGCUCGUUUGACGGACGUGGAGUGCUUAAGGCAUCCGUGGCUAGCCGAUGGCACCGAGAAAGCUGAAUUUGGCUUGGGUGAUAUUCAAGAAGAAGAGGAAGACCCAGCCCAGGACCUGUCUCAGCUCAGUAUCAGUGAGCAACGCCAGGCCGAAAGUGGUGAUGAAGAUGCAGAAGCAGAUCUUGAGGACGACAUAGCCGAGUACUUUGAAGGAAGGCGUCCAUCCAAACGCGUCAGGCCUGAUGGGAUAUUUCCAUCAAACCAGAUUCGGGAUGGAAACCUGGAAGACUCGAGUCUGAACGAAGCUGACUCCUUAUAUGAAAAGCUUGAGCAGCCUCAUGAAGAGAGCUUCAUGCCGCCUGGUCAAAUUGGACGGAACCGGCUUUUUGGAGAAAUCAGUCAGAGAGCGCUCCAAAGCUCAGGCCUCCUGGGCACCCAAGCCCAUGCCGCCCUCUCGAUCCCCCAAUCAGCUCGCGAUGGAAGCACUCGCCGGUCUUCUCCUCGCCUACGUGUACCCCCUCAAUUAGACGGGGGAGUAUCCUCUCCCAGUCUCCUCGGGGCUGAGUCUAUGGUGCGAGACCUGAACAUGACCUCACCACAGUCACCAAACUCAAGAGCUGGUACUUCAAGUGAGCCGACAACCCCGACCACCCCCAACGUUCCCCAGCACUCUUCGUUGGAGCUUGGAGAUUCGGUCAGCGAGGCCACACCAAAGGCCAAAGUGUACGACCGGAGGAUCAGAAAUAUCCAAAAGCCUCCGUCGUUCUACUACGACCCGUCUGACCUGGGCACUCACAAUCUCGAGUAUGCUUCUCGGGUGAGCGGCUUCGACUAUGUCGCUCAAGCUGAGGCGGCCGCUAUGGAGUCCAAGAUCCCCGACACUAUGGUCUUUCCUUCCCACGACUCCCAGGCCGAGAAUAACCAGGAUGACAACUCCAGUGUGUCUGUUCCCGCACUUUCUUCAGACUCCGGGUUUCUCCGCCCGCUGCCACGCCUAGGCAAGCUCACAGCCACCACCGAUUCGUUUUCCCAGAUUGUGUUGAAACUCGACAAGUCGAACAACUCUUGGGGUCGUAAUCUCGACAACACGAUUGUGUAUGCCAACAAGGGUGACUCGCGAGUUCCAAAGAAGGCUUUCGAAAUCUACUUCCACGCGGAGGGCCACGAGGACAGCCGCAAGCUUGAAGCCAAGGGCAUCGACUGGACUAAGCUGAAUGGCCUCUACACUGGCAUCACCACAUGGAGCUCGAUCGGGGUGUCUGUCAACGGUGUGCAUCUCAAGCGGGACGACGGCAAGGGUCGAGUACUCUUUGGCAAGCUGUACACUGGCGAUGUCAUCACCGUGUUCGACUACCCUGGGGGGAAGCUGAAGUUCGUGUGCGAUUUCUUCGUCGGGUCUGGAAAGCAAAAAAGGGCAGCCGAUCAACCUUUCAAAAUCGAGAGGGGAUCGCUGGUUCCUCAGCUCGCGUCGCUGGGAUCGGCGCAGUCGUUGACUUCGUGAGCGUCUUCCCUUUGUUCGCAUCUCCUACAAAAAUCGGAUCCUUUCUUUGGUCAGCGGCAUAGGUAUCGAAAUUUGGAGUCAGCUUUUUCUUUUGUUGGAAUUUACGGUCAGCGGGUGCUUCGUUUCCAUUGGAUUCGAAUUUAGCGGGCGUUGGUGAAUCAUCCCCAUCACAUUAUAAUCAUUAGCGAGUGAGCAAGCGCCGCGGAAAAGGCAUCCUCAGCGGUCAAGUUCGUUGCUACGAGGAGGAUUCUGGCGCUAUGGUAGCACGGUGCAAGAAGCGGCCUUGAUACGGAUCUGAGUAAGAGGCGGAUGUUAGGCGACGCAUGUAUAUAGAUCUCGAGAACUGCGUCUGGCUUUCAGACCGUUUGCAACCGGCAAGACAUUAGAUUAGCGCAAUGCGACAAUC